GUAGGGAAGAUGGAGAUCGUCAGUCCCAAGCCGGUGGGGUUUCUGUGCGGCUCCAUCCCUGUUUUGGCCGAUAACUCCUUCGCUGCUUUCAGUUCGGCUCUCGUUCCGUCUUGCGAAACAGUGAGUGCUCCGAGGUACAGGAUGCUGCCGACGGAGACGGACCUGAAUCGGCCGCCGCUGUUGAAGAAGUUUCCCGAGAAGGUUCUGCCCCUCGCCGCCGUGAAAUCUAGAACGGCCGGAGAUAUAUCUUGGGAACCCUAUGCUGUUUCUUCGAACCUUAGCAAGAAAUGUGAGGCCCUUGCUGUUUCUGGCUUAGUGGAAUAUGGAGAUGAGAUAGAUGUGAUCGCCCCUGCUGACAUUCUUAAGCAGAUCUUUAAAAUACCUUACUCGAAGGCUCGGGUAUCAAUAGCCGUUCAACGUGUUGGGCAGACUCUUGUCUUGAAUGCUGGGCCUGAUGUUGAAGAGGGAGAUAAGAUGUUUAGGAGACAUAACAAUCAACCAAAAUGUUCAGAUGAUGAGGAUGAAUCAUUGCUUCUGAACUUCGCAAUGCAUUCAGUGAGAAUGGAGGCAUGUGAUUGUCCACCGGCCCAUCGCCCUCAUGCCGAGGAGCAAUCAAGUUCUUCUGCGCUGCCCGGGGGAGAGACUUGCAGUAGUUCUCCGGACGAUGGAUUUGAAAGCCCUGCAGGACACGAUAAACAGGUUAAACAGGACCGUUUUAUCUGGGAAAACAAAACUAGCAAGAAAAACAAGGGGCGUGAGCCAGUAAGAAGAACUUCACGUAUCAAUGAAAAGAUCAAGCCUUCUGUAGAGUCUGAUAAGCAGAGAAGAGCCGGAAGCAAUGAGUUUUUAAGAGUUCUGUUUUGGCAGUUUCACAACUUCCGCAUGCUUUUGGGUAGUGAUUUGCUUCUGUUCAGCAAUGAAAAAUAUGUGGCUGUGAGCUUACAUUUGUGGGAUGUUAGCCGACAGGUUACUCCAUUAACAUGGCUUGAAGCUUGGCUUGAUAACGUAAUGGCGAGUGUGCCUGAGUUGGCAAUUUGCUAUCAUCAGGAUGGUGUUGUCCAGGGCUAUGAGCUCCUGAAAACAGAUGACAUAUUUCUAUUAAAAGGCAUCUCAGAGGACGGUACACCUGCCUUUCAUCCUCAUGUUGUUCAGCAGAAUGGUCUUGCUGUUUUAAGGUUUCUUCAAGCAAAUUGCAAACAGGAUCCCGGUGCCUACUGGCUCUAUAAAAGUGCUGGUGAAGAUGUCAUUCAAUUAUUUGAUCUUUCCAUAAUUUCAAGGAAUCAUUCUUCAAGCAACUGCAAUGACAGUGCAAGUCCCUUACCAUCUCUCAUUCAUAGAGGACGGAAUGACCCGUUAUUUUCCUUAGGAAAUCUUCUCUAUAGAGUUGGUCACAGGCUUUCUCUUUCAGUGGUGCCAAACGAUAGGGCUAAGUGUGCUCGGUUCCUGAGAAAGUGUUUGGAUUUCUUGGAUGAGCCUGAUCAUCUGGUUGUAAGGGCGUAUGCACAUGAGCAGUUUGCGAGGCUUAUUCUGAAUGACAACGAAGAACUGGAUCUGUCUUCUGAAUCUCUUAAUGUGGAAUGUGAAGUGACACUAACAGACAUAGAAGAGGAAUCCCUCACAGUUGAUCAUGAAAAUGAAAUGGCGAUAUUCCCUGAAGAUAAGUUCAGUGAGGACUAUACGAGUUCUUAUCUAUCGCCUUCUGCAUCUGUUAAGAUGAACUUAGUGGAAAAUGUGUCACCUUGUAAGGAACUGUUACGCCCAGGGGAUCCAGAUUCCAAGGACUCUGAGAGCGCUGUUGUAAAUUCCAGUUCAGGUAAUAGUUUCGGACUUUGUCCGGUGUCCCGAGCUCCUGAACCUUUGGUUGAGACUGUCACUAGUCCUAUCUCCUCUAAACUGGCAGCAAUUCACCAUGUCUCUCAAGCUAUAAAGUCUCUUAGAUGGACACGGCAGUUACAGCACUCAGAAAAGGAGGUGCUAGAAAAGGAUGACACUUUUCACGAUAUCUUGUCUUCUUCGGCCAAGUUUUCCAUAUGUGAAUGUGGUGAUCCUGAUUGCAUUGAAGUCUGCGAUAUCCGGAAGUGGCUUCCAACAUCAAAACUAAACCGCAAAUUGUGGAACCUUGUGCUGCUUCUGGGUGAAUCUUAUCUGUCAUUGGGAGAAGCUUAUAAGGAAGAUGGACAAUUGCACCAAACAUUGAAGACAGUAGAAUUGGCUUGCUCCAUCUAUGGAUCAAUGCCACAUAAAUUUGACGAGACACUGUUUAUUUCCUCGAUGAGCAAGAGUUUGUCUCUGCAGUCCAAAACGGGUCCUUGUGAUCUCACUUUGGAGCAACUUUCUUCAACACAACUCUUUUGGGCUAAGGCGUGGAUGUUGGUGGGUGAUGUUUAUGUUGAGUUCCACAUUGUGAAAGGUAAAGAACUAUCAAAACGGGCAGAGGAAACCUCAACCAAUCGGUUGAGGAUGUCAUCUGAGGUUGUAAAGGAAGUACAGAGGCUGAAGAAGAAGUUGACUCAAUACAGUCAGAAUUGCAGUUCAUGUUCAUUGGUAAAUUGCAGCUGUAAGAGUGACAGAGCAAGCAGUGGUAGCAGCGCAAGUAGCAGCAUUUCAGGUCCUCGCUCUAUUUCUCAUGGCAGGAAGAGCAGUAGAAAGCCACAUUACAAGAAUCCGCCUGGUAGAGUCUUGCGAGACUUUGAAGAUGAACAGAUUCAUCUCAAAACUGAGAAAGGAAGCUAUAGGGAGAGUGAGACCUCUAUGGGCUCUUUGGGUAUUGCUACUUCAGCGACAACAAAGGAUCAAUCUGCAGAGGGUUCUUUUGGAGAAAAGAAAGCUGAGCCUCUGGAGCAGAAUGUAAUGAGAUCCAAGGAGACCCAGAGAGUUAAAAAAGGCGGAAUAUUCAAAUAUCUCAACAUUCCUAAAACCGAAGAUGCAGAAAGCAAUCUGUUAGCCGCAUUGAGUUGUUAUGAAGAAGCUCGAAAGGCAUUGCAGGAGCUUCCAAUGGGGUGUGAUGAAUUGCAGUCUGUGAUUAAAAAGAAAGGGUGGGUGUGCAAUGAACUUGGUCGGAAUCGGCUCAAGAGCAAAGAACUGAACAAAGCUGAAGAUGCUUUUGCAGAUGCUGUAAUGGCGUUUAAGGAGGUUUCCGAUCAUACUAACGUUAUACUAAUCAACUGCAACUUGGGUCAUGGCCGACGAAAUUUGGCUGAAGAGAUGGUGUCAAAGUUAGAAGCUCUCAAAUUUCAUGAUGCUUUAACAAACCCUUACCGGCAAGCUCUUGCAAUUGCAAAGCUAGAAUACAGCAAGUCACUUCGAUAUUACAUGGCAGCGAAGACGGAACUGACUGUUGCGGCCGAAAAGGCUGGUUCUGUUCCAGACAAUCUGAAAAUCGAAGCCCUAACACAGCUUGGUCAUACAUAUCUGAGACUUGGAAUGCUUUUGGCAGAAGAAGACACACCUGCUGAAUGGCCUGGACAUAACAUCUCGGAAAACACUCAUGUUUCUUCUGAUAUAAGAGCCAGGAACACGGGAAAACAUGAAAUUUCAGCCAAUGAUGCGAUAAGGGAGGCUUUGUCUAUAUAUGAAUCGCUCGGGGAAGCACGUAAACAGGAAGCUGCUUAUGCUUAUCUUCAGUUAGCUCGGUACCAAAAGGAUCGAUGUUUGAGGUUCCUGGAGUUGGAUCAUCAAAAGGAAAAUCCUCCGAAAACCGAAAGCAAUUCCAUCCAGAGGGCUAAACAAUAUGCGAUGUUAGCUGAUAGGAAUUGGCAGAAAUCCAUGGAUUUCUAUGGUCCAAAGACCCAUCCGUCCAUGUUUCUGACGAUUCUAAUCGAGAGAGCUGCUCUUUCUUUCGACCUGUCGAAGUUUUGGCAAUCGAAUAUCAUGCUCGAUUCAGCAUUGUCUCGUCUGCUCGAAGGCCGGCAUGUUUCAGAAACGAUUUCAGAUUCCUCGAUAAGGGAUGACUCGGAGCUUCACGCGCGAUUCUGGGGUCAGAUUCGGAUGGUUCUGAAGCGAAUGCUGACGUUAUCCCUACCGGCGGAAGCGAACAAGACAUGGAGAGACAAUGGGAAACUGAGGGAGAUGUACAAGAUGUCUUUGAAGGCGACAAGCCUAAGUGACUUAAACGAUAUGCAUUCUUUGUGGACAUCAUCCUCCUAGGAUCUUGGAACUCAUGGUUUCUGUCAAGUACGUCCACUUCUUCUCAUACGUAUGUUGGUACUUACACUUCCCCCACAAAAUUACCGGAUUCUCAAGUUUUUUCAGGCCUUGGUAAUCUGUAACUUUGAUCGGCAAAUUGCCCUAAAUAUGAAUUGACGACAUCGUUUUUUGUAAUAUAAAAGGAUAAACUCCGUUGUUAUUUGGAGGACUGUCGUCUGUCGGCAAAAUCUGGCAUCUUGUGUGACCUUUCUUA